AGCCCCUGUUACUGAGAGAAAGGAAGCUUUUGCCAAGGACUCCAAGGGGAGAUAAAUGCUGGGAGUGGACUCAGCCCUCCCCAAGACAUUGUGUGAGCCGGGCCAGGCCUCCAGACACAGCCCCUCCCGCCCACCCCAGCCAGGGUGGUGCUUGUGUGGGAAGGACUUUAAAUCCAGCUGCCAGACCCCUGGAUGGGAAAGGCAGAGAGGGCUGGCCACCAUGCACGGCUCUCGUAGUCUCCUGGCGCCCCUGCUGCCACUGCUGCUACUGCUGGUGGCUGCCACAGGCCCUGCUGGAGCCCUCAGUGAUGAAGAGAAACGUGAGAUGGUGAAGCUGCACAACCACUACCGUGCCCAGGUGUCCCCGCCGGCCGCUGACAUGCUGCAAAUGAGGUGGGACGAGGAGCUGGCCGCCUUCGCCAAGGCUUACGCGCAGCAGUGCAUCUGGGGCCACAACAAGGAGCGCGGACGGCGCGGCGAGAACCUGUUCGCCAUCAUGGACGAGGGCAUGGAUGUGCCGCUGGCCGUGGAGCAGUGGCACCAAGAACGCGACCACUACAACCUCAGCGCCACCGCCUGCGACCCGGGCCAGAUGUGUGGCCACUACACGCAGGUGGUCUGGGCCAAGACAGAGCGGAUUGGCUGUGGCUCCCACUUCUGUGAGAAGCUCCAGGGCAUUGAGGAGACCAAUAUCCAAUUGCUGGUUUGCAACUAUGAGCCCCCGGGGAACGUGAAGAGGCAGAGGCCCUACCAGGAGGGGACUCCGUGCUCCCAAUGUCCCUCCGGCUACCACUGUGAGAACUCCCUCUGUGAACCCAUCAGAGGCCCUGAAGAGGAUUUGCCUUCCCUGGUAACUGAGGCCCCAUCUUCCUUGGCAACUGAGGUCCCUUUCUUUUUGGCAACUCACAGCCUGCUCUCCUUGGAUGAGGGGCCAGCUCCCUUCCCCAAAUCGACCAGUGAUCCCAUCCCCAAAUCAGCAGACAAGGAGGCCAGCAGGACAACAAUGCCCUCCAGAAGCCCAGAGAGUUCUCUGCACCCCAAGGUGUCCCUGACAGGGACACGGGAGCCGCUACCCUACUCCCAGGAGGAGGGCGAGGCUGAGGCCGAGUUGCCUCCUUCCAGUGAGGUCUCAGCCUCAGUUAUUCCAGCCCAGGAUGAGCCACGUGAGCUGCAGGCCACACUGGACCACAUGGGGCACACCUCCUCCAAGUCCCUGCCCAACUCCCCCAAUACCUCUGCCACCGCUAACGCCAUGGGCGGGCGUACCUUGGCCCUGCAGUCGUCCUUGCCAGGUGCAGAGGGCCCUGAAAAGCCUGGCAUCAAGUCAGGGCUGAACUCGGGCCCUGGUCCUGUCUGGGGCCCGCCCCUGGGACUGCUGCUACUGCCUCCCCUGGUGUUGGCCGGAAUCUUCUGAAGGGCUCACCACUCAAAGGCAAGGCUGGUGGGGGCACCCUGGCCUCAUGCCCACUCUGGAUUGUCUGUCUCCGAGUAAGAGGCCACAGCUCCCUGGACAGGUCCUGCUCUGUGGCCCAACAGCCCCUCUUCACCCCAGCUCCUGCCCAGACUCCAGGCUAGUGCCCUUGUGCCCUCAGGCGGCCUCUACAGGGCCACACCCUGGCACUGCCCCAGGAGUGCCUCUGCCUCUGGGGAGGCUCACUCCUCAGCUAGCUGCAGAUUGUUCUGAGCAGUGUUCCUGUGGCCACAGGUGCCUGUUCUCCAGUUGUCUUGCGGCCAUGGCCUGCUCUUCUAGGGACAGAAGAUCUCAGGGCAUGCCAGGAGUCCCUUGGCCCCUCCAGUCCCCUGGCCUCUUCCUGGAGCCAUCCAAGUCCUGGGCUGUUCCCAGGAGUGCCUCCUGCCUUCCCAGGGUGAAGAGACCAGCUAUCCUCCUGCCAUCUCCCCCACCCUGUCCCCAGCACCCCCAACAAGACACAUCUUGGCUGAGGGCCCUCUGGAGGCUGCAGGGCAUGUGCCUCAUCCCCAGACAUCCUGGGGCACGAGGCAGGGCUGGCUGCGAGCUCAGGUUGCCGCCCGAUGACUGCACACCUGGCCUGGACCCCUCCUGCCUCUCCCAUCUCGGUCCAGGGUCGAGGGGAA